UACUCUACAAUAGCAACUUGCACUAUUGGAUCAAUUCGUCUUGUUGGAGGAUCUACUGAUUCGGAAGGACGUGUUGAAAUAUGCAGAUAUAAUUACUACUUUCGUAGUAAUAUCUAUGGUACUAUUUGUGAUGAUUUAUGGGAUAAUCGUGAUGCUAUGGUGGUAUGUAGGCAGUUAGGAUAUACAUCAGGGACUGCAUAUAACAAUUCGCAUUUUGGACAAGGAUCAGGAGUCAUAGUAAUGUCUAAUGUCCAGUGUACUGGAUCUGAAUCAUACCUUACUAGCUGCCCUCAUACAAUUAAUCAUAAUUGUGAUCACUCUAAAGAUGCUGGAGUCAGUUGUGAAGGAAAUAGUCAAGUAGGAGCUAUUGUUGGAGGUGUAGUUGGUGGUACUGUUUUCCUAAUCUGUGUAUGUGCAGUGAUUGUUAUAUGUGUAUGUGUACUGCAUUCCAAAUCAAACCGCUCCAGAGCUAGAGCCAGGCAAGCAGCUCCUGCAGUUCAAAUGAGAUCAAUUCCAGCACAAACUACUAGUACUACAACUGGAGCUUAUACACAAUCCCAGUCUAAGGCAGAAAAUCAACCUCCUCCUCCAUCUUACUCAGAUUAUAUGGAGCAGCAGAAAGUCUAUUCACAACAAACUGCACCAAUGACUUAUCCUGGUCAUGCUGUACAGGGAUAUCCUCAACAGGAUUAUUCUCAAACUGGUUAUCCCCAGCAAGUACUUUAUCCACAGCAGCAGCAGCAAGAAGCACCAGUUCAGUAUCCACAGCAGGAACCACAAGGAUAUGGAGGAACAAACCCUGGUACUCAUGAGUCUACUGGCAUUCGUGAUGAACCACCACCUCCUUAUUGAGCUCAUUGAUGUUAUGGUUUAUUUUUUGUACUACCUACCGUAUGGAAGGAAA